AUGGAUAUGGUGUCAAGGAUUCUACGCGCAACACCUUUAGGGCGCUUGCGACUCGCGCUGGUAGAAGAUGCUCCGGUAAUAAUGCCUUUUGUUACUGAAUCUAUGUCGAAGAAUUUUCGUGUUAAUCAACCGUCGGAUAUCGUGUAUCUUAUUGAAACUUGUACUUUGUCGAUAUGCCAGCUAGACCUUAACGAAUCAAUCGUCGGCUUUUUAGUAUUGAAGGAUUAUCCAUUAGCACCCUCUGUUAACCCAUGCGCUUGGGAAGAUUUCGUCUGGACCAAGUUCAAGGCUAUAGAACUAAAAGCACGGAAUACACUCUUUAUACAUAUGCUCUGCUGGAAUCCAGUGUAUGCUCGCGAAGUUGUCGAUAACAUGCUUAAGUCUGUCUUCAUGCACGAUCCCUAUCUACAAUAUAUCGGGAUGAUGAAAUCCUUAAUUGAUUAUCAACUGUUAGUACCGGGUCAGUCCCGCUCUGAAGCUUCGUUUAAGCGAUCACAGGCCAUAGAACGAGGUGUUCCCGGUGACCAACUCCCUUCGUUGUGGGUAGCUGAGCGACGAGAAGUUAGCCCUAGGUUGAGGAUACGUCGAGCAGUCGAAGAAGAUAAUGAUGACUUAGUGCCAAUAAUAGAGCGGCACUCGACACGUCUGCGAGAACUGUACGGCGACUUCUACAUCAGCGAGCUUAUAUCGCGACAUCCGGAUUCUGAACGAGUGUUGCUUGUAUGUGAGCACAAAGAGUUAGCAGUGGGUGUAAUGUGUCUCAACACUCAGAUUAACUACGAGGCGCUAGAGGAGAGUUUUGAGCUUUCUCCGUUUUCCGGUUUGCGACAUCUUGAUAGACCACCAAAGCCUCGCGAACGUGAUUCCGCUAUAAGUUUCUUCACAGGAACUGGUAUUGUCUUCGAAUCUAAGCAAGAGUCUAGCACUGAUAUUCAUGCAAAAGAAACAAAGUCCAGGGUUACUUGGGUCUUUGAGGAAGAUGCUUUUAAAGAUAUUCACAAGGAAGCAGAGAUAAAAGCUCGUUCACACCAGCUGCCUUACACACAAUUAGAUAUACUCCAACUUUUGGAAGACGAGGAAGAUGAAUUGGAGUACGAUAUUGUAAACAUUGAUACAGACUUGUUAAGAUUGCCACGUCUCUUCAUGAACGAAGACUUUGUAAAGAAACAAAGAUUCUCCGAAAAUGGUCAAGAGUUUCAACAUCGAAAAGAGUCUGUGUUCGAAAAUAAAUACCUCGUCAAAGAUACACCAAAAAGACUUUCAACUCCUACUUCAAAUGCGGUAGCACCCUGUAAGCCACCAGAACCUACUCGCUAUUCCGGUGCCCCGAAUGCUUUCUUAUUGGAAUUAUUCGCAAUGCAUCCUGAUUACGAUGAAAGAUACGGUUUUGAUAUGCUUGAAGCAGCUUAUGAACUAUUUCCUGAUAAAGAUUAUUGUGUUAUGUGUCUUCCAUCGAGUCACACAUGCUUUCCGCUUCUAGAACAUUUUACGCUCGUAACACCUUAUAGUUUUCGAAUGCGAUUCAUGAAUGAGACUCUGUAUAUAGCUCAUGUUAACUCAAUAAGAGGAGAUAUAAGAGUUCGUGAAGCGGAAUCGUACGAUAUACCAAAUUUAAAUGAUGUGUUAGAACAUGCACCCAGGAAGCAAGAUUUGCUAGCAUUAUUUGAAACAAGCCUCGAAUCUGACUCAUUAUCCUCUUAUAUUUUUCUAAGUCAAAAUCAACCAGUUGGACUUAUUGUACUGGGACCUUUAGAAGAUGUUACAUCAAUUAGAACUCAAUAUAAUUUGGAGGCUGAGCCUCGAAGUUCUGGCACUGAUGCUUCUAUUUUAGCGUGUAUUAUGUCACCUAUUAUGGACCCCCAUGGUCGAUGGUAUUUGAGAGACGUAUUAAGGCAAACAAAAUAUGCAACUUUGUUCUGGGUUUGCAGACUUUUCGCUAAAGGCGACGCGAGUCCAAGUCGUAACCUCAUGUCGUUAGCUAGUCACAUGUUGCCGGUGCGCCCCCGUCGGUCGAUGCUUAAUGUAGUUGGUAAUAAAGGCGAUAAGAUAGUCAAGGACAUUGCAACGCCAUUUGCCCUGUGGUCACUGGAACGACCUCUGACCAGUCUUCCGAAGGUGCACGUCAAUAGUAGCAUCGUUGUAGUUGGUGCCAGUCGCACGGGACUCGCUUUCAUUGAAACAUUACUUUUAGGGCCCACGGCUGAAUACCUUAUAUUUACAAACAUAACACUCGUAUCUUUACACGGUCUGCCGACUGUUGCUGAUAGCAUGCAUGCAGCAGAGACCUGCGUACCGCGCGAUGGUCGAUACACUGACCGCUAUCUCAAGAGCCUACCAUUUUAUUACUAUGUUGAUGUCAUGUCUGCAGUUAUGAUCCAGAUCGAUAGAAAGAAGAAAUGCAUUCACUUGAAGGGUGGUGGUAUGAAGUUCUACGACGAGCUUGUUCUCGUAUGUGGUCAGCAAUUCCAACAUCCCGACUAUUUGAAGGACUCUAUAGAAUUGGCUAAGGAAGUAGAGAAAGGUAAACCUUGUCAUAGAGUUUUAAUGGAUAACCCAAAGUACAAACCGGAUUAUGUCCCACCAUCCCCUGAUAUACCAGAAAAUGUGAUGCUUAUCAAUUCAUUAUACGAGGCCAAUACCUGUCUUAGGAAGCUGAUGUGGAUGAUAUCUGAAUUUAAAAAUAGUAUCUGCUGUCUUCGUGAAGACAAUCAAGUGGUGGUUUAUGGGGAUUGUAUAGAAGCAUACAGUUGUAUUGCUGCUUUACUAGAAUUGGGACUUCAGCCCAACAACAUUGCUUUUAUUGAACCAUUCCCACCAGAAGAUACCACUAUGAGAGUUAACUGCUUUAAUAAUGAGACGGUUGAUGAAAGAGUUCAAGCUAGUGUAGAAAAACUCGGUGUCCGUAUAUACCGAAAGUGCUAUUUGAAUGGCUGGUCGCAGCAAGAAUCUCGUGUACAGUUCCUCCGUCUUAUGACGCCAUUGCACGCCGUCCAUCUACCUUGUUUUGCUUUAUUCUAUUUUGGGAUUAAAGCUAUAAAUUUGUGUGCUUUUAAAGCUAUAAAUGACUGUGGUUUAGUGUACGAUGGUGGUCUGGUGGUCGGUCCGAUGUUCGAUACCAAUGAUCCCCAUGUAUUUGGGGCCGGUUCUUGCGCGAAAUAUUCUCGUCGACUCUAUGCGCUACACCAUCUCCACAAAUAUUACUGCUCCGAGGACGUUGGUGAAGCGCUAGCGAAGCUUUUUCUAAGUAAACUGGAUCCCUUCAUGACGGGCAGCGUUGAUUUUGAUCCUCUUUAUUCGGAUCUGAUGUCACGAUACAGCUCUUGCUUGCUGGCAUGCCGAAGUUCCCAUGCGAGUAUUAUGAGUACUCGUCGUUCAUCUAGCAGUCCUUCUAAAAGUCGAUGGCAACCUGUAAUGAAGUUUGAAUCGCCAAUAGUUCAGUCAGCGACGUUGCCGGGGCCGCUCCACUAUAUGCGUCUGCGCAGGCCUGGUCGGGAUAUACCGAUGGCAGUGAAACUGUUGUUACCUAAUCAAGGUCAUACACUUGUAACGGAUACACGGCAGAACUACUUUAGACUUCAGAUAAAUGCAUUGCAUUGUAUUGAAUCUAUUACUUGCCUUUCGAAGAGGCAAUUUUCCUGCGAAACUCUCACUCAAUUGUAUGGAAAGCAUGAAGCGUAUUUCAAUAAUCUUCUCGGCAGAUUUAAAAUGAAUCUUAUAGAUGAUUUGUUUGAAUAUUUCAUUCAAACAUGGACAGCGGCGCUAUAUCAAGAGCCCUUCGGUGUUCUUUUACAAGAUGUCAACGAACAGGGAGGAAAUACGGUUUAUGACGUGGUGAAAACCAAAUACGAAGAAUUCUUUGGUGAUCGGAAACCUGAUAUUAAACUUCACCAUGAAUCUUUGUCUGACAGUGCAUCUUUUCGCCAACUGUAUUGUAAGGAGUGUGGACAAAACGAGGCGCUGCGUCAUGAAUCUGCAACAUUCUGGAAGGCUAUUGGCGGUGAAAACAUCGUGUACUCUCACUUCGUUCGAUAUCUCAAUAAAAACAUUAUAACCAAUCCUAAUUACGCUGUGCCUAGGAACGAGUUUAUUUAA